AUGAUCCUGCAACAGGCCCUGGAGCGCGGCCCCCCAAGUCGGGACCCACGGGCCACCACUGGGGUGACUCGCGGCCUGGACGCCAGGGAAUCCUUGCACAAACAGUUCCUGUCUGAGGAGAACAUGGCCACCCACUUCUCCCGACUCAGCCUACAUAAUGACCACCCCUACUGCAGUCCCCCCGUGACUUUUCCCCACGCCCUGCCACCACUCAGGAGCCCUUGCCCAGAGCUACUUCUCUGGCGCUAUCCUGGUAGCCUGAUCCCUGAGGCCCUCAGGCUGCUGAGGCUGGGGGAUACCCCAAGUCCCUACUACCCAGCAUCCUCAUCUGGGGACAUCAUGGAGCUCUGAGUGCUGAUGGCCAGUGGUCCCUCCUCUCCGCCUUGGUCCAGACAACAAAAACCAGCAACCCCAAGAGAAAGAUGAAGUCCUUCUCCAAACCAGGUGCCUGGGCACCAGGACCUUCCCCUACCAUGACACUGAGCUCAGUGGAACCCUCAUCGGGAGGGGCAGUAACGG